GGUAAUAUUGGGCGGAGGUCGCCAAGAGUUUCUACCCAACUUCACCUCUGACCCAGAAGACAAAGGUAAAUUUGGACAACGAUUAGACGGGGUUAACUUGGCCGAAACCUGGUUGGCAUCAAAACCCGACAACUCUAAAUCAUUCUUUGUCUGGAACGAAACGUCGUUUGAUGACGUCAAUCCAGAAAGCGCAGACUAUCUUUUGGGAUUGUUUGAGCGAAGUCAUAUGAACUACGAAGCAAACCGACCCAAUGACACUGCCGGAGAGCCGUCUCUUGCCGACAUGACAGAAAAGGCCAUCAGAAUGCUGAAGAAAUACAAUAAAGGAUAUUUCUUACUGGUUGAAGGUGGUCGCAUGGACCAUAGUCACCAUGAAGGGAUAGGGUACCAUGCAUUGGUAGAUGGCGUUGCCUUCGAAGAGGCUAUCAAGAGAGCCAGUGACAUCACUAAUGACGAUGACACGCUCACAAUCGUAACAGCUGACCAUAGUUUUGCAUUUGAUAUUCUUGGAUACGCAAGUAGAGGCAAUCCAAUAUUGGGUAAGUAUGCUCCACACGUCCCAUGCAUACUUCUACAAUAUGGAAGUUACUACUCAGUACCCAUUAACCACACAGGACUACGACCAAUUAUUACCAAUCCACAGUCAAGGGAUUACUUGCAGCAAGCACUGGUUCCCAAUAAAUGGGCCAGUCAUGAUGGCGAAGAUGUUAUGAUCUAUGCUAAAGGUCCCAUGGCUCAUCUUUUCCAUAGUACGCAUGAGCAGACCUACAUCAUGCAUGCUAUGCAGUACGCAGCAUGUAUAGGGGAUGAUAACACCAAUCAGUGUAAAUCCAAAAAUGAACCAAUGACAUGUGGUUCCAUGAACAUAAUGACCAAUUAUGGGACAAUGAUGUUUAUUGUUUUUGGUUUAUUGAUGCAAUCGUAAAAUUUAAAUAUGGUGAUCUUAUUAAUUUUUAAAAGUAGACCUUUAUUGGAUUAAUCAUACACUGAUGUUAAUUUCACUGAUACAUUUUCACACCAAAUUUUAUUAAAUUACUUGCUUUUUUUUUUGAUUAAUUUGUAAAAUUGAUAUGUUAUAUUCUACAUUUUAAAAAAGUCUACAUGCAAAUACGGGAGGGUCGUCACAUGCGAACGCAUGGGAAUUGAGUCCCACGCGAUGAUAACACACGCUAAAAACGCAAAGGCUCAUGGGUAGACUCUUGUUUGUAAACAAUAACAAGCUAUAGCCAUCUGACGCAUGCGCAGGUGACGACUCCGCUGCUUUAAUUUUAUGUAACGAUGCUGUUUAAUGCUUGAAUGUUAUUUGUAACAUUAAUAUUUGUUAUCUUCUAUAAUUUAAUGAAAGAAUGACAUAUGCAUUAAUUCUACUGAACAAUAUCGUUUGUUCAUUGACUUGAUUUCAUUGAUUCAUUUGUAACAUUUAUAUAUUAUUAUCUCAUAUAAUUUAAUAAAGGACUAACACAUGCA